UCCUGGCUACCAUAACAACCAAAAUCCAACUAAUACCAAUCUACUCCUCUCUAAGCUAUAAGAAAGGAAGUCCUUGCACAUUCACACUCAGUCUAUUCAUAAGAUAAUGUUUUAACCUCAGUGAUGUUCUAAUGGCAAAACUCACAGCUUGGAGCACAGAAGUUAAAUAAGUACUAUUGCAUAGUGUUUUAUUAUUGAGCCACUAAAAAUAAAAAAAAGUUUUAAUAUAUUUUUCAUAAAGUAAUUUUGAAAAUGAUAAAAAAAAAAAUAAAAAACUGCUUGUGAUUGAGUCAUGAUGCUCGGUCUAAACACAGGUUGAACUAGAGGGGCACUCAGAGAGCGCAGACCUCCACCAAGGCCAAUGUCAAACAACAUACACCAGACUUAAGAGAAAAAAUUGAAAUUCAUAGUAAAUUAUCUGCAUCAUUAUAAUAUCCUUGUUCCUGCACUAGCUAUAGGGAAAUAUAGAGGACCAUAUGUGCAAAAUGCAAAAACCAACAAAGACCAAGUGACCAACAUAGUUGAAGUCCAGGAAUAUGGUCUGUCCCACCCCCCAACACUCACAAUGCCCAUACGUCUCUGAGCUUAUUCUUUUGAAGUCACAUACACAACAUUAUUUUUACACACACUGAGGACCAAAACAGUAGCGUUCUAAUGAAUUAAUCAGAUUGGCUCUAAAACAGCCUUCUUUGAGAAGCUGUAUAAGCUGAAGGGAGGGCUCUAAGGUUGGGAGGUCAUAGUAUAAAAGCAAACAGGAGGCAGUGAUUGGCACUCGCACACACUACAGUCGAUCAACAGUGACGGAUUACAGAAGACUCACUGACAGAAGUGAGGGCACAAUUGGAUCUAUAACUUUUCCAUCAACAUGUCAAAGGUAUUUAAGAAGACCAGCGGCAAUGGACAUAUUGCCCUGUACUUGGGGAAGCGAGACUUUGUGGACAAUGUGGAUUCAGUGGAACUAGUUGAAGGGGUAAUCAAAGUGGACCCUUCUGGUCUUAAUGGCAGGAAAGUAUUUGUCUACCUUGCUUGUGCCUUCCGCUAUGGAAGCGAAGACUUGGAUGUCAUCGGGCUGUCCUUCAGGAGAGACAUCUGGAUACAGCGUGUUCAGGUGUAUCCACCUACAGGUGGAAACGCAGCCAAAUCACCUCUGCAGGAAUCCCUCAUAAAGAAAGUUGGAGAGCAAGGAUGUCCCUUUUCCUUUCAGUUGCCAACAAAUCUCCCAUGCUCAGUUGGCUUACAGCCUGGGCCAAACGAUGCUGGCAAGGCCUGUGGCGUGGACUUUGAGGUGAAAGGGUACAUUGCCAACUUACCUGACAGUGCAGAUGAAGUCAUUGACAAGAAGGACACUUGCCGUCUGAUGAUUCGUAAAAUACAAUUUGCACCAGCUAACAACAAGCCCGGACCCAAGGUUGAUAUAGCCAAGCAGUUCAUGAUGACUGACAAACCAGUUAACUUGGAGGCCUCCCUUGAAAAAGAGAUUUAUUACCAUGGAGAUCCAAUCACCGUCAAACUAAAAGUCAACAACGAAACCACUAAGGUUGUGAAGAAAAUCAAAGUCUCAGUUGAGCAGCUAACGAGUGUGGUCCUCUACUCAUCUGAUACUUACAGCAAGGCAGUCUGCACUGAGGAGUUUGGGGAGACAAUAAAUGCCAACUCUACAUUCGAGAAGUCCUUCCAAAUAACCCCCCUGCUGUCCAACAACAAAGAGAAGCGGGGUCUUGCAGUGGAUGGACGGCUAAAAGAUGAGGACACGCAUCUCGCAUCCACUACCCUGAGUCAAGGAGAAAAGGAGAUGCAGGGAAUCAUUGUCUCUUACAAAGUGAAGGUGAAUCUAGUGGUGUCCGGUGGAGGCCUGCUCGGUGGCCUAACAGGAAGCGAUGUCAUUGUGGAGCUUCCUCUGACUCUGAUGUCCCCGAAACCCGCAGAAGUGUGAGUAUAACAAAGGCGUCUCUAUGAAAAGACAUGUAUUUGGCUUGUGGCUGUGAUGUUUGUGACAUGCUACUGAUAUUCUUCUCCUAUGUGUUUGUGUGUUUUGAACCACAGCACAUUGGAAUAAAGGCCUCUUUAGUUCAGGGCAGAAAUCACAAUUGAGUCCAUGGAAGGAUGAGAUGACCAGCGAAGGAAAAUCACCUCUCUGACAGAGAACACAGAACACAAAGGAACUCAACACCAAUGAACAGAACCACUACUCAUCAUUGAGUUACUAUAAUGUUCUUACUUCCCUUGCACGUAUACAUUUCUAGUAGGCAUUGCUGCAAGAGUUUUAUCACUGAAACAGAGUCUAAACUCUCUGUGACAUUUCUCUGAAUGCCAUCAUAACAUUAUAUAGAAAUAAACAUGUGUUGUAUAAUUUUCUUUGUCAGAGGAAGUGUCCCUUAGCAUAGAUAGUUAUGAAUACUGACAAUGCAAUGCUUAAUUUAUUGUUAAUGUUUAUUGCCAUCUCAUUAGAGCCAUCACACAUUAUGACUGAAUGUGCAGCUGUGGGGUGAAUAUCCCCAAAAUACUACUGUCACUCUUUAUAGACAAGAGAAGGAAAUAAACAUGUUGUUU